AUGGAUAUCUUGCACGUUGAUAUGUCGGAAGACUUCGAUUUCCGGUUAGAGUUCGAUAUCAAAGAAGACAUUCAAGGCGAACUGGCGGACUUCGUCAGGCUUGUCCGAUUGAACCGCAUCAAAGAAGCACGGAGCCACUUUCGACGGGUUCUCUUGCCGCACGCCAAAUUGUUCCCUGUUUUUGCGGAAUAUGCAGAGCUUCUUGUUUCGGAGCACUCAUACCAGGAACUCCUCGAGACUCUACCUGAGUCCCAAAAUGGCUGCGGUUACUCUCGUGAGGAGUGGCUACUGGUAGAAAUGCUGAAGACUCUUGCGAUGCUACACACAGAAAAAGACGUUGACGGGGCCUGGCAAACGGUUCGACGCUGGCCAGGAUUCCCGGACGCCGGGCAGGCAACGGGGCUGAAUGCGAUACAAAUUCAAUGCCUGGAAAUCUGGUUGCAGAUAUACGUUGACUUGAUAACUAUCCUGGAUUCUCUGACCAUUCAGCUGGACGGCAGUCAGCCUUCAGCAGCCCAAGCUCAGCCACAGAAUUGGCAACGAUCUCGCCAACUCAUUUUCACUUUACUUGAGAAGCAUCAGGAUUGGGAAGCCCAUAAAUUUCUCCUGUUGCUUCUGCGAGUCUCCACUCAGGACGAGGCUUAUCAGCUCUUCUCAGACUACCUUUCAAAACUCCGAUCAAGAAGCGAGAGAGAUGAGACUGAGAUUAUCGCGCGGCUCAAUGUCACAAGUGCCUACCUCAACCAUGUCUGGCUCCAUGGAUCUCGUCAACCUCUGGCGACAUUGAUCCAGCUCAACAGCAUGAUGUAUCAGGACCUCGCAGCUUUAUCGCUCGACUCCCCCAAAGCAAAGUUUCGCUACGUUGGAAUGAUUGGCAAGAUAUAUACCGGGUAUCUUUAUCGAAGAGUAAUCUCUGGACUGACUCCAAAGUCUGACGCGCUCGAGUGGGUUUCCCGGUCCACGCAACCUUUGGAAGCCCUGAUACUCCCAAUAUCUCUGCUCAUCCUCCUGGCCAUCACUGAUUCCGUGACCGAUUCGGAUUUCCUGUUUCUAUAUGAUGCCCGCCAUGCACUCUCUCAGCAGAAUGAGCCAGGUGCUCUGAUUUCGACACAACCCUGGGCUCCUAUGAAGCAAACGUAUACUGGGAAUAAAUACCUAGACCGGCGGCUGACGAUACUCGUGAGCCUUUAUUUCAGCGCUCUUGACGGCACUCGACCCGACGCCUCGCUGAUCUUCCUGUACUCCUGGGGCCAGAAUCUUGCUCUCUGGAUCCUCAUUCACGCAGAAUCCAUGAGAGCAGCAAAUAGAGGGAAGCUAAUUCUCACCUCGGUAACUGCGCUGGGUUUGAUGGCUGUGUUCAUCGGCCAUGGUCGCGUCGUUCCCUUGUGGUUCGCCAUUCAUCUCUGGACUUCGCCUACUGUGCUUAAUCCAUUCGCCUAUCAGCUUACCGUGGACAAUCCGUUCAAAGUCGCUCUACUCCCCUUUGGUGUCAUUACAGGAUUGGGGAUCCCUACUCUUGUAAUGUGCCUUCCUGCACCGGCAUUAGUCUCGUUUGAGACGAAGCAAGUAUGGACGGCGAUAUACCAAUUGUGGCCCAUCUGUGUAUACCUAUCAAACUUCACCCUAACGACCAUUGCAAUUUGCGUCAACCCGAGAGCCAGCAUAUUAAACGAAAGCGAAAAGGCAGCUAUGUCCCAGAAGUACUUUCGACGAACUCUUCUCGCUGCGAUUAUAUUUUCCGCUGGAACUCAUCUCACCUAUCUGGCUUUGCUGAUACCACAAGUUCGUGCGGUGCUACCCGUCGCUGAUAGUUCCACACACAGUUCACAACAAUAUCAUCUGAGGUACAUCGCCAGGUUGUUCUACUUGCAAUGGUCGUCGGACAUCGCUGUUGGAGGGACAGCAGUGUUCAUAUGGGGUUUGGCGUUGCGUCUUCCCGCGAAAAUUCAAGAGCUUUCUCUCUACACAGCCACCAAGCAGAUCAUUACAACCAUAUUGGUUGCAGCACUACUAGGCCCAAGUGCAGCCGCUGCCAUCGACAUUAUGGCGCGGGAUGGAAACAUACUCCUGCCACCAGAAUCGACGCCUGCAAAACAAAAGUUCCGAUGA